UGGCGCGAAAGAUUUCCGUAGUUUGUUAGAAACCCCAGGGCUAUCGCUAAGCCUUCGUGUGAUCAAGAUUUCCAGUUCUCUUUCCUCCUCGCUUCCUUAAUUUCAUCGCGUCCUACAUCUUAAACAAAAACCGAAAAAUAAAAAUAAACAAACAAACAGAUAUUUAUCUCAAAACAUCAGCAAUUCAGCUGUUUUAUUUCAAGUCAAAUCGCAGGAGAAUUAGCUGUGGAUGAUCGCCGGUGCCGCUUCCGGCGACUGGGAUCGAGACAUGGCUGGUUAAUAGAGGAUUUUUCAACGACAGGGAGAAUUUUAUUCAACUUCGUAAAACUGGAGUCGUAGAGUUAUAGUGUACUGAAAGGCUGGAUCAGAUUAUUGUUUUCAGCUAUGGACUGGGAUCAUGAAAGCGGAAGCAGCAAGCAUUCAGAAUCACAUCCAGAAGUUAUUAAUGGGACCGGGAGCAGUGAUCAUGGGGAUACAUAUCCCAGGCUUCGUGUUCAGCUUGGAAGUAGUGGCCAUCUUCAGAUAGAUCCUGAGAAAAUUGAGGGGAGUGAAAGCAGUAAAAAUUCAGAAUUGCAUUCUGAGGUUGUUAAUGGAAGUGAUAGCAGUAAACAUGUAGAACCAGAACCUGAAUCUACUGUUAUAGAAGGGGAUUUAUACAUGCGAAAUAUAAAGUUAGGUUUUUCCUCUUCCUCCUCUUCCUCUUCAAGUUCUUCCGGCUCGUCAUUGUAUGAUCUGUUUGAUGCGAUCCCAAAAGAAAGUGCUGACCCCGGAGCAGGCAGUGCUGAUUUUGAAUCCUCCAACAAACCUCAUGAGGUUACUCAACCAGCAUCAAAAGAUCAUGAGAAUGGUGUUUCCAUCUACAGAUCUCACAGAUCAGAAGAAAAUGAGGAUGGCUCAUCAGAUCACGCACUAACACCCACAGUUUCUGAUGUCACUCGUGAAUCCCUGGCGCACAACAUGUCACCAAAACAAUCCCCUCCACUUCAAGUCAUGGAACGACCUGGAGGAUAUGAUCCUUUAAGGAUUCCAUCAUCCAUCUUUGAAAAAAGUAAAGGUACAGCACCUAUGGAUUGGAGUGUUGCUUCCAAUGAAUCAUUGUUUAGCAUUCAUGUAGGAAACAAUAGUUUCUCCAGAGACCAUGUUUUAUUGUUGGGUGAUCUGGGCAAGUCUGGAGAUAUAACCAAGUCAGGUGAAUUAAUCAUGUUCAGUCCACUCCCUCCAAGAGAAAUGAUGGCCACUGAUAACCAUUCUUCAGUUCCUGAUGUGGAAACCAACAAACAGAAGGGUGGAGCAAAUGGAAUAGCAGAUAACACCAUCAAGGACCCAGCAGAAUAUCAAAAUGAGGAAAAUAAAACAAAUGAAGCUGUAUCCUGGAAAUCUCCUAGCCCUUCCAACCAUUCAUAUGGGAGUGGAGACAGUGUCACGUCAUUUUCUUUUCCAAUUUUGGCAAAUGGGAUGAGAAGUGGUUCCCUGAAAGCAGGUGUGGAGCAGCGGAAGCAGCAGCAUCUGGAGUCAUCGCCUGCCCCAGUGAGUCAAAAAUCAGCUUCCUUACAUUGGUUUCAUUGCUUUUCAUGUUGCUCAUGGGGUUGUUCUUUCAAUCGCUGUUGUUCCUGUCAAAAAAUUAAGUGUUGUUGCUAAAACUGGCUCCAUAUUUGAUCCAAAGGAAGAGUGCUUCUCAGCUCCUAAGCUGCCUCCUGUUUAAAAUGCAAGCCUGAGCUGUCCUUAACUUUCUUGUCAUUGAUUUAAAAUUGGGACAUCGACAAUGGUUGCUAUUUAAUCAAUACGAGGCCUUUUGAAUAUGCAAAUUGGUUCUUUGCAAGAGCCAGGAAAAAGGGAAGGUGGUGAGGCAAUGGUAAGGAGAACCCCUAAACCUGUACCUGUAUGAUGUGAGGUGACCUUUGGGAAGAAAAUGCUGGGUGCUUCCUCCUUGAAUCGGAGCCAGUCAAUUUAUUACUGCUGACAAUAUUUGCGUCUAUAUUGCUGUAAAUUAAUCUUUAAGUCAAUAGCCCUUUGGUUGUAUUAGAUGAUUGUCUUCAAGCAUGUGCAUUGUAUUUGUUUCUAUGAUA